UAAAUUGCCUGUCGAGUGAGUGACUUUUUAAAUACUCCAAGAUAAAUUAACAUUUUCAAUAAAAUAAUUUAAUUAAUUAAUAAAAAGGACCGUGUGGUAGUAGAAUAAAUAAAACGAUACUCGUAGUAAACUAGCUGAUUAGAGACCCAGCCCUUCGCUUGUUAUUAUUAUACUCCCACUUUGAAAUGAAUGUGAACCAUACAGGGGCGUAGCUAGGAUUGAAGGUUGGGCUGGGCCGGUACAAAGAAUUUUUCAGAUAAUUUUUUUCACAUAAAUUUUUAGACUAAAAAUACAAAGGAUUUUCAAAUUUGGGGCGGGCCGUGGCCCGGUUGGCCACCCCUCUAGCCCCGUCCCUGGAACCAUACAAAUUGUCCCAAAAAAGGAAAGUGAGAAGAAUUUUUGGGACAACUCAAAUAGAAAAGUGGGAAGAAUUUUAUGGAAUGGAGGUAGUAUUAAUUAAUAAAUUAAGAUGGAGAGAGAGAGGGUAAUUAAGGGGUCCAGUAAAGAAAUUCUCUAAUCUGUAUUUUAGUUACUUUUAUUUGAGACUUCCAAUACUAAGAUCGAUCUCUCACAAGGAAGCUAGAACCGGACAUCCUUUGAGCUAGCUGCUAUAAUUCAUAUAUGAGUUAAAUUGCGAUCCAUAAUCAAGAAGAUUACUAGCGAGAUGAUGAUGUGUGAUUAUUCAGGAGCAGCAGUCCAGGUGCCGGCGUUGAAGGCGGAGGAUCAAUCUGCCUUGAUGCGAUAUCAUGAGAAUGGGCGAAUGACGCAGCCCUGGAUUUAUGUUAAGGUGGAGAAGGGAGGGCAGUUUCCUAAAGAUUUAGGCGAGUGUACGGUAGAGGUGAAGAUGGGGGUCAACCCCGCAGUCUGCGCGGCGGGCGGCAAACUUGCCGGUGGCAGAGAUGCGGCGGUGCUGGUAAAGUUUCUCGACGGAAUAGCCGACAGGAUAUUCGCGGUGAAGUUGGCAUCAGUUAAAGACAAAAAGCUCGGGGGUUCACUGGUUCUGGACUACCAGUGGUCGGGUAUCAUCCGCUUGCAACGCGGUGAAACGGAGGCGCCGGCUCCGUACGGCAUCACCGUUAACGGCGCCAGAGUUGAGUUGAUGAUUUCCGUGUGGUUAUCAUUUCACGAAUGGGACGGAGCCGUUGAAGCCCCCUUACCAGGUUCCCCCGCCGGCGCCGUCAUCCGCUCACACCCUUCCUACACCUACGCGCGACCAAAGCUGGCCUACUGCCUGGUGGUGCUUCUACGGCUCGAGCCAUCCAAAUCCUGUAAAGCCCCUCUCCAGGACGGUGCUUCCUACUACGUGCAUGGCCAGAUGGGAGGACACCAGCAGUGGACUCGGCCGUUGCCUCAACCUAGCCCAUAUAAUCAUAUUGAUGCCACACCGCCCAACUGCCAUGCCUUUGGCCGCACGCGUCUCUGGUUCCCCGUGGAUCCCUCCGACCGCGAAAGCCUCACCUUCACAGUCGUGGUCCGUCCUCCUCCGGUGGGUGCCACCAAGGAGCCGCCGUGCACUGUGCUCGGGAGUGUCGUCGUCCCCAUGGACGACAAAGGCCCGAAACUUAAAGAUGGCCAAAAACAGCACGAUGGGAGAUUCAUGCUCGUGAAAUCGGGCGACAAGGACGAACUAGGGCUUAUACUACACGCAGCGGUGUGCAUAGACAAAGGCUACCACGUCUUUGAUGACCUGGAUUCUUACACCAGCGAUCGCUCCCCCACCUCAACUGCGUCUGCACUAGGUAUAGCACAGCUACAUGUCAGCAUCGAACGUGUGGAGGCCCUCGUUCCCAUCAAAAAGCGAAAAGAUGUCUGGACGACGGACCCGUACUGCGUCGCCAAGUACGGGGACAAGUGGUGCACGACACGCACUGCACCCGCCAAAUUUGGUGCUUCUGCCGACCCCAUGUUCAAACACAUGUGCAAAUGGAAGGAGAACAAAUUGGAGGUCUACGACCCGAGCAUAUCAGUUCUCACACACGCCGCCUUUGGAGAGAAGUUCACAUGGGAGGUCCACGACCCGAACACAGUUCUCACCAUCGGUGUGUUUGACAACAGCAACAUGGUGGCAGUGGAGGGGAAGAAGGACGAGGAGGAGGGGAAGAAGAAGAAGGUGGAGGACAAGAACAUCGGUAAGGUUAAGGUUCCCAUCUCCACCCUGCUAAUGUACACGAGGUACGAAACAGUGUAUCCCUUGUUCGCCGUGCAUCCCGAGCUGGGCCCGCAGGUCAGGAUGAUGGGCAUGCUGCACGUGACGAUUGAGCUCGUUCCUCGAAGCUUGGGGAGCUUUUUCGUCAGUUACUUUACCCCUCCUCUCCCGAGCGCGCACUACCUGCAAGGUGUCCCGCCGCUCGAGAUGAUGCCGGAGAUCCGGAGAAGCGCCGUGGCCUUGGAGGUCAAGAAGCUAGCAACAUGUGACCCGCCUAUCGGGGGCAAUGUCGUGAGAUACAUGACCACACCAGAGCAGGGCUUUAGCAGGCGAGUGUUACUCACGAACAUAGCACGCCUCUACUCCGCCUGCGGUUUACGUGCACUACUCCAACUUCUCGGGCUCGUCCUCAGCAGGAGGAACCAGAUGACGUCAGUGCUCGUUUCUGUGCUCCUUACCCUCCUCCUCUUAUGCCCAUUCCUCAUCAUCCCUCUCAUCCUCUCCACCUCUAUCUAUGUGGGACUUGUUAAUCUCGCAGCAUGGGCGAGCUGGAGCUCCACCAAACCCAGCUUCACUCACCCACCUUACCUCCUCGAACUAGUUUCAUUCCAGACGACGCACCCGGACCAUCUUGACGAGGAAGCGGACACGCACCCGACGAGCAGGAAGCCAGAGGUGGUGAAGAGGAGAUACGACGAGCUGAGGCUUCUGGCUGCACAAUUCCAGAACUUUUUGGGCGACCUUGCAAAUCUGGCGGAAAGGAUUCAGAAUAU